AUGCGUCACAACUUGCGGACAAUAUCGUCGUUAGUUAGGCUGAGUCACUGCGAUAUUGAGGAUUUUGAGUUCGAUUAUGGUCUGGAUGAAGAUGAGGGAGAGCCAUCCUUAGCAUAUCAGCCUCCAGCGCUGGAGGUCGUCGAGUCGCUACAUAGAAAAGCCGAUUCACUACAUCAUGGGGAUUUCAAUUUACAAUCACCUUCCGAGGGGUCUGUCGUCAUUACAUCGCAUCCUACAACAACAUCACCAGAACCAGACCUUCGGUACAUUAUUCAUAUCGCUUUUCCUCAUAAACAACUCGGGCUAGAACUUAUGCCUAUUGCGCAGGCCUUUACUGCUGCGAUUAUCGAUAACAUUCCUCGCGGAAAGACAAUCAGCUUUGAGUUCUUCUCAGCAUCUCAAUCCCUAGGUGCUAUCCUAGCAUCGCACCGGGAUCUCAUAAAAUCUCGACCGGAGGUAGCUAUAGGAGCGGUCCACCAAGACGGCCGGACUUUCCCGCAGGAUCGAAUGCAAAAUUAUAUCCCGGGAGUGAGGGAGCCAUACCGUAGCUUUUUCGUUACUCUCGACCGGCCUGAUUUCCUCACUGAGCCUGGUGUACUUUUUUUCUUAACGGAUGGAAACCAAAUCACAGAUGAGGCAAUACAGAACAUCUCCAAUCUUUGUGGGCCUAAAGACGAACGUGGUGACUACGCGGUAUACCAGGUCUGGCGGAGCACUGGAAUGGCCGAAGUGGCACAGUGA